AUGCCUUACAGCAUAACUAACUUUAACAUUCUACUAAUUAUGGUCAGAGGAAUAAAACAAUUUUUCGUUGCCGUCGAACGAGAAGAAUGGAAGUUCGAUACUCUUUGUGACUUAUAUAACACAUUAACAAUUACCUAAGCAGUUAUAUUUUGUAAUACAAAACGUAAAGUCGAUUGGUUGACGGAAAAGAUGAGGGAAGCUAAUGUUACAGUUUGUUCUAUGCACGGUGAUAUGCCUCAGAAAGAAAGAGAUAAUAUUAUGAAAGAAUUUAUUUCUGGACAAAGCCGAGUUUUAAUCACAACUGACGUUUGGGCCAGAGGAAUUGACGUUCAACACGUAUCUCUUGUUAUUAAUUAUGAUUUACCAAAUAAUCGUGAAUUGUAUAUUCACAGAAUAGGAAGAGAGGUUAGGUUAAACUUGAUUAUGGCUGAAGGAAAGGAGGACUUUGAUGUUAAUGAAGUUUUUGAAAAAUUAUUAUUUGCUGAAGAUAAAGCACAAGAAUCUGCUUAUGCGGAUGGAUAUCAAACUGGAAAAAAUAGAUUAUUACAAGGAUAUCAUUUAGGAUAUCAUAGAGCAACUAUAGUUGCUGCACAAUUAGGUUAUUAUUGUGGUGUUUUAGAACAAUAUUUACAAACUAAAUUAAAACGUGGUGUACAUCCARAAAUGAACUUUCUUGAUUUUUAA